AUGAUUCAGACGAUUUCCACGGGAUUGAAUUUGAAGCCGAAGGAAGACACAUUUAAAGAAUACAUCACAUUGGUUGGAAUUGAUGUGAUAUAUUUGAUAAUCAUCAUGUUGGCAGUCAUGAUUAUCAUAGGCAGCAUAACAGCUCUUCAAAAUUUUUUUUAUAAAAAUAUCGCCGUCACAUUGGGAAUUGUCGUUUUUGCUGCCGCUCUGUUGGUCUUCACCUUUGCGGUCACGAAAAUUCAGGAAAACUUUUGGUAUUCUCAUAUUGCUUAUGGACUAAUCGUCCUACUCAUAUCCAUCGCAUACUGUUGUGUUUUUCAUGAAUUCGUUGCUCUCAGUAUUUUUAUAAUUUUGAAUGUGGUUCUAGCGCUAGCUGCUGCAAUAGUUUUAAUCGCUGUCAAUCUGAAACGCUUAGAUUUAACAGCGUUUACGGCAGUCGUAUUUCUCGCAGUGCUCAUUGCAUUCAUAGGACUCCUAUCCAUGCUUCUCUCCGUUCUGCGUGUCCCAUUCUCUGAAGCUGUGAGCGAACUGUGUCUCUGUUUCGGUGCAAUGUUUGGUUUAUUCCUUCUUGGAAAUACAGUACGCUGCUGCGUAGGGAAUAAACAUCCAUUCUGUUUUGUAAUGAACCAAGCGUUCUGUUUCUGGAUUUUCAUUACUCUCUUAUUCUCGGCAAUUUACCUGUUGACAUUACCUCUAAAAACGAAUGCUGCUGAAAGCGUGCCAGAAAAACCUGAGUCUGAUUCCCAGGACACAAGUGGACAAGUAUAUCACGUCAAGUAA